UAUCGUUAAAUACAGUUUUAAAAUUAUUUCAUAUCUUUUAUAAUUAAAAGUGUAAAGAAAUUGCACAUCAUUUAAUUUAAACUGUUAAUCUAAUAUCUGAAAUAUUAAACGAUGAGCAGAUGAUAUCGAACAGCUAAUCGGUUUUAUUUUACUGUACAAUAUGACAAAACACAAAGAAAUAUCAAACGCCCAUCAUCGCCCCUCUCACAUCCUGCUUGGCGAAUUUUCGCACAAUGGCAUUCGGUAUAAAAGCGGCAUCAGCUGACCAGUAAGACAUCACUCAGCGUGCAGUUUUCCAGCAAAGUGCAUCCUCCUUCUACAACCAUCCUUCAACAAUGGCUUCCAAAUUCGUCCUGAUCGUCGCUUCUCUGGCCUGUGUUAGCGCCGGAUACAUCCCGAAUGACGCUUCCCAUCUGUCCUAUGCUCCGGCAGCUGUCAGCUACUCCAACGUCGUCAAGCAUGUGGCUCCGGCAGUGAGCAAGACCAUCCUUCAAGAACCACAACUAUACCACGGAUAUGCUCAGGCUGCUCCAUCGAUCGUACUCAGCAAGCCUCUGGCACUCACCAAUCCUCUCCCAACCCUGUCCUAUGCUGCUCCUCAAUCUCUGUACCAGGCUCCGGCUCUGGUGAAGAACAUCGAGUACUCGAAGCCAUUGUCGUAUGGUCCAAUUGCCAAGACCGUCAUUGCUGAGCCCGCCUUCACCAAGACCAUCAUUGCUGAGCCAACAUACGCCAAGACCAUCGUGUCGGAGCCAACGUACGCCAAGACCAUCAUUGCUGAGCCAACGUAUGCCAAGACCAUCGUUUCCGAACCAAUCUACACGAAGAAUGUGUUCGCUGAGCCCAUCUAUCCGGCAAAGGCUUUGAUCGCUGAGCCAGUGUACGGCAAGAGCAUUAUCGCCCAGCCAGCUCCGUUCUAUGGUGGAAAGGUGCUGUCUUAUGGACAAAACCUCGCCUACGGAGGCAUUUCCGCCCAUGGAUGGUAAUAAUGUGUAUUGCUUGUGAUUGUUAUUGUGAUAUUAUUCUAAAUUGUGCAUGAUCUGACAUCUGAAUAAAAUAACUUUACUUUAAGUUACUGCUUGUGUACUACAAUCCCUUGUCUAUACUUAUUUAUAACUAUAUUAAUUUAGUUUUGCACUUAUUUACUUUAUUUACUAUUUUUAUAAUCAUUUUUGUAUAAUAUUUUAUUUAUUGAUUCAUUCGUUGAUUAAUUAUUAAAUUAAAAUGUUUAUUUUAAACUUCCAAGAACUGGAUUGGAAUUAUUAUUAGGUUUUUAGUUGUUUGGAUGUGUCUUCUCUUUAAUUUCUUUAUUGUUGUUGAUUGAUUUGCUUAUAUUUUUAGAAAUACUUCAAAAUGAUCUCAUGAUAAAUGAC